GGCUGUCAAUCUGCUGGAGCUACCUCUCCUGUCCCCAUUUUUCUCUUGGUUGGGGGGAGGAAUAGUGCCCCAUCGUUGGUGUCAGUGGGGGGAGGAAUAGUGCCCCAUCGUUGGUGUCAGUGGGGGAGGAAUAGUGCCCCAUCGUUGGUGUCAGUGGGGGGAGGAAUAGUGCCCCAUCGUUGGUGUCAGUGGGGGGAGGAAUAGUGCCCCAUCGUUGGUGUCAGUGGGGGGAGGAAUAGUGCCCCAUCGUUGGUGUCAGUGGGGGGAGGAAUAG